GUUUAUAUUGGCUGCUUCCACCUUAUCUCCUUCUAUAUGUCUUAGCUCUGCCAUUGCCGGCCUCCGAACUUCAUCUUCAUUUCGUACCCAAAUAAAUUAUAUUUUUAUAUAUAUAUAUAUAUAUGUAACUGCCUUUAAAUACGCUCUUUCCCCUCUCCUUAACACCCUCUCCUGCACCCACCAAAUAAAUAUCUCUUAAUUUCUUAAUCUACCUGGGGCCUUGUUUGGUUGUGUAGUUUCAAUGAUGAAAGGAGCAUUUGAGGUGGUUCAUGGAGCUUUAGACAUCCAUGAGCCGUGGGACUACUCUCCCAGCGUUAAUAUUGGACUAAUCCCACCUCCACCCUCAACCUCCAUCAUCUUCCCAAAGCCGCUGGUUCUUGAGAAUCUCUGCUUUAACAAUAUGGAGAUCAGGCCGGACUAUUUGUCUGACUGGGUCGAACAUGCCACCAAACACCUCAUUAACGAUGACUUGCCGGCCGACACCCCCACUGACCAUCAUACCUGCAGCUUCCAAGCUGUCACAACAAUGGCGUCUCAGGCAAGUAUUCACAGCUGGAGCAAUAGGCUCGACGAUCAAGCUUCAAACUUUCGUGAAAAUGGAGCAACUGCUGCUGCUGCUGCUAGUUGUACUAGUCUAACUACUGGUAAUAAAGGGUUGAAUAGCUUAACGGGGGACGAAGAAGGUCUGAGUCUGCUUACCCAUCUUUUAGAAUGUGCUGUUGCAAUAUCAGUUGACAAUCUCAGCGAAGCUCACAGGCUGUUGCUGGAGCUAACCCAGAUGGCCUCUCCUUACUCCCCAUCCUGCGCAGAACGAGUCGUGGCUUAUUUCGCCAAGGCCAUGUCCAGCAGAGUAAUCAACUCGUGGCUCGGCAUUUGCGCUCCUCUCAUCAACCACAACUCUAUUCAAUCCGCCUUCCAAGUCUUCAACAACAUCUCCCCCUUCAUCAAGUUCGCCCACUUCACCUCCAACCAAGCCAUCCUCGAAGCAUUCCACUGCCGAGACAGAGUUCACAUCAUCGACCUCGACAUCAUACACGGCCUCCAAUGGCCAGCCUUGUUCCACAUCCUCUCCACUCGCAUUGAAGGUCCCCCACAUCUCACCAUGACCGCCAUGGGAGCUUCCAUGGAAGUUCUCCUCGAGACAGGAAAACAACUCUCCAACUUCGCCAAACGCCUCGGCCUCCCAUUCGAGUUUAACCCAGUUGACAGAAAGUUCGGAGAGAUCGACGACAUCUCUGUCCUGAAACUCAAGAGUGACGACACGCUUGCAGUCCACUGGCUACAACAUUCCUUAUACGAUGCAACAGGGCCGGAAUGGAAGGCACUGAGGCUUCUUCAAAAGUUGGCGCCGAGAGUUAUCACCUUGGUGGAGCAAGAAACGUCUCAUGGUGCCGGCGGGUCGUUCUUGGACCGGUUCGUGGGUUGUCUCCAUUACUACUCCACCAUUUUUGACUCGCUUGGAGCCUGCUUGGACUUCGAUGAUCCGAGCAGGCAUAAGGUGGAGCAUUGCUUGCUUUACAGAGAAAUCAACAACAUAUUGGCGAUUGGGGGACCGGCGAGGAGCGGGGAAGAUAAGCUGAGGAACUGGAGGAGUGAAUUAAUGGCGAGCAAUUGUUUUGUGCAGGUUCCGAUGAGUAGUAAUUCCAUGGCGCAGGCUCAGCUGAUUCUAAACAUGUAUUCUCCAGCUUAUGGGUAUUCACUUGUACAGGGUGAUGGGAGUCUGAAACUUGGGUGGAAGAAUACUAGCUUGUUAACUGCUUCUUCUUGGACCUCCCAUAAUUCCCCAGAUAGCAUACCCUACCCAUAAUAUAUGUACAUAUAUAUAUAUAGUGAAUAAUUGAUCGUAUAUAAUUAAAA